AGCAGCAGAGAGCAGAGCAAAGCAGUAAAGACGAGACGAGGCGAGCGAUUGGAGGAGUGGCAAUGGCAAUGGCAAUGGCGCUCCCCCAUCCCUAUUCCUAGCUGCGGCUGCGGCUGCAUUCUCCUCCUCUCGGGACAAGACAAGACACAGGAGGCCAAGAGCAGAGCAGAGCAAUGGAGGCGGCCUCCUCGGAGCAGUAUCGCUCCUCCUCCUCCUCCUCCGCCAGCAGCCCCGGGCGGCGCUACUACCUCCCCGGGCCCAAGCCCGGCGCGCUCCGCCGCCCCAUCUCCUUCGAGGACUCGCCCGACUGGGACGACAUCCACCUCGACGACAGCAGCAUUCACCUCGCCACGGCCGCCUCCGCCUCCGCAUCCAUCAACAGCAGCGCCUACCCGUCUCCAUCGCCAUCCCUCCCACCCGGUGCUCCAGCUGCUGCUGCAUGCCGGGAGCGCAAGGUGGCUGGGGCCACCCUCGUCUGGAAGGACCUCACCGUCUCCUCCCUCAGCACAAGCACAAACCGCUUCUCCGACCGCCUCGUCAAGAGCUCCAACGGCUACGCGCUGCCGGCCACGCUCACCGUCAUCAUGGGACCCGCCCGCUCCGGCAAAUCCACCCUGCUCCGAGCAAUUGCAGGGAGGCUCAGUGCCGCUCCUAUUGUUCAAAAUUUGUCCUCGAGUUCCCUUAGAAUGAUCUACAAUCUGUUACUUCUGUUACCAAUGAGAUUUGGUUCCAGUCCUGACAUUGACUUGGAACUUAGCAUUUGGUGUGGCAUAGUUAAAGCAUCCAGAAUUAUUGUAUGCAUAACAUUUACUAAGGCAUAUGAUUCCUCUUCAUUUUCCCCCCAAUGUGGUGUAAUGCAGGAAGGUCCCUACUUAAAAAGUAAAGGCAGGGCCAGUGAUGCAAUAAGAAUCGUGGUUCUAACCUGGAGAUCAUUGCUAAUUAUGUCAAGAGAUUGGAAGUACUAUUGGAGCAGGCUUGCCUUGUAUAUGUUUAUUGCUCUGUCAAUCGGGACGAUAUUUUCCGACAUUGGCCAUUCACUAUCAUCUGUAAUGGUAAGGGUUUCUGCAAUAUUUGCGUUUGUAUCAUUCGUCAUCCUUCUAAGUUUUUCUGGAGUACCCGCACAUAUUGAUGAGGUUAAGAUUUAUUGUCAUGAAGAAACUAACAGGCAUUCUGGGGCAAUGGUCUUCCUGUUAGGGCAGUUGCUAUCGAGCAUUCCUUUUGUAUUCCUGGUUUCCAUUUCGUCGUCGUUGGUUUUCUACUACCUGAUAGGGCUGAGGAAUGAGUUCAGCUUGCUGAUGUACUUUGUAGUCACCAUCUUUAUGUGCCUACUAGCUAACGAAGCACUGAUGAUGAUUGUCGCAUAUAUCUGGCUGGAGACGCACAAAUGCACCUUAACUCUCGCUUGCCUAUACGUUAUCAUGAUGCUUGUGGCAGGGUAUUUCCGAAAACGAGAAACUUUACCUUAUGCUGUAUGGACUUACCCAUUGUCCUUCAUUUCGUUUCACACGUACACAGUGCAGGGCUUGGUGGAAAACGAGUAUGUGGGUACAUGGUUUGCUGUGGGAGAGAUAAGGAGUAUACCUGGUGUCCAAGCCGUUCGAGGUUCAUACGACAUCUCAUCUUCCGGAAACGCAAAGUGGGUGAACCUGCUGGUGUUGCUUGUGAUGGCCAUUGGAUACCGGAUUGUCCUGUACGUGUUGCUUCGGCUAAAUGUGAGGAAACAGGUUGGCAAGUGGAGGGCUUGGUGGUGUAGAAUCCAUAGAGGGGCUGGUGCUGGUGCAAAGUGAGUGAGCUCCGUAUAUUUGUUUGUUAAUGAAUAUAAUUGUAGGUUUUGCUUCAUGUCCAUGUAUAUGCAUGAUGUAUUGGUUGGUUACUUUUGUGUAUGUGUAUCAUAUCAAAUUAUCAGGCAAUCCGAUCAUGGUUUGACAUACAGAUACAGUAUACCCUACCUUCAUUGGCGGGUCUUUUAAGAGCUGUCUGUAUAUACUAAUUAAUAAUGCCAUUCGUCGUA